AUGGGGCUUGGGCGGAUCUGGAUCGCCCUCGACUACGCCUACCGCCGUUGCCACGAUGACCCGACUUGCUCCGUUUUCUGGGUACACGCCGACAGUGAAACCUCGUUUGCUCAGGAUUACAAGUUUAUUGCCCGAAAGCUGAGACUCCCGGAAAGCCUCUCGGGCAAUGAUCUACUAAUUGGAGUUCGCGAGGCGAUUGAGACGAAUGGGCGCUGGCUCUUGGUCAUCGAUAACGCGGACAACCUCCAGUUGUUCGGUGUACGAGACGCCCUACGGACUAGGGAUCAAGAUCAGACGGCAGACAAAACGGUCAACUUGGCCGAAUUCGUCCCACGAGGUCCCGUAGGUACGGUGCUGUGGACAAGCCGCGACAAGGGGAUCGGCAGCCUUGUCGGGGCCCAGCGGGCCAUCGAAGUGGCCCGCAUGACCGACGACGAGGCUAUGGAGCUGCUCAAGUCCGUUGGAGAUAUCGACAACGGCGACCUGGACGGCGCCGCGGAACUACUUGCCGAGCUCGGUUGUCUCGCGCUCGCUCUGUCUCAGGCAGCCGCAUUCAUCCGGCGGAUGGGGAUCACCAUAAGGCAGUACUUGUCACGACUGGCGAACCGUAAGAAGAGAUGGAGGAUGCUGCAGAAGUCUGUGCACGACCCACACCGAAGGGAGGGUUUGACAAACAGUAUUCUGAAGACGUGGGAUAUCUCGAUGGAACAGAUCCGGCAGGAAAACGAGGUCGCGUUCGAUAUCCUGCAUAUACUUGCCUUUCUGGACAACCAGAAUAUUCCGUUCGAUAUACUCUACCGGGCUGUAACUCUUCGUACCGAGGGGGUUACGGAUGACAACGAGGAUGACAACGAAGACGACAACGAAGACGACAACAAGUACGACAACAAGGACGACAACAAGGAGGAUGACGAGGACGACAGCGAGGAUGACAACGAGGAGGAUAACGAGGACGACAACGGGGACGACCACGAGGACGACCACGAGGACGACCAUGAGGACGACAGCGAGGACGACCACGAGGACGACCACGAGGACGACAGCGAGGACGACCACGAGGAGGAAGCGCUCCUGGCCGCUGCCCGUCUCCAAGAAUUCUCCUUUCUACACCGUCGCGCAUCCGAGGGCAAGAGUUGGGCAUACGAGAUGCACAAGCUGGUGCAGGAGGCCGCCCUAUACGCCUUGACCAGCGAGGACAGGCGAGAAGACCAAGUUUGGUAUUCGACGUUAGCGCUUCGGGUCGUCGCCGACCUGUUCCCGGAAAGUAAACGGGAGCACUGGGAGGAAUGCCAGAGAUAUGUGGCGCACGCACAGCGAGCGGCAGAAUGGUCGGGUUUGUGUGGAGAGGGGAUUCAAGCAUCGGAGCUUUUGACCGAAGUAUCGACCUACCAGCUCGAGUGCGGGACGAUCGCCGCGAGGGUGCCGGUCGCAAAGCUGGGCUACGAACUUCGACUGAAGAAACUUGGCAAAAGCCACCAUGACACAAUCCACAGCUGGUUAAUCGUCGCUGUGGCGUACUUUAAUCAGGGGAGGUACACGGAGGCAGAAAAGAUUGUCACAGAAGCCGUCGCGCUGCUGUGUGUUAUUGCUGGUCAGAGGCACAUCGCCACCAUCUCGAAUAUGGAGUUCCUCGGCAGUAUAUACAUCGAACAGGGGAGGUACGAGGAGGCAGAAAACAUUCAAGUCGAAGCCCUCGCACUACAACGUGAUACUUUUGGCGACAGGCACUCCAACACCAUCAGGGGUAUGGCGAAGCUCGCCAAUAUAUACAAUGGACAGGGGAGGGAGAAGGAGGCAGAGAAGAUCCAAGUCGAGGCCCUCACAUUACAACGUGAUAUUCUUGGCGAGAGGCACUCUGAUACCAUCUGGGGUAUGGCGGGGCUUGCCCGUAUAUACUAUAGUCAGGGGAGGAGCGAGCAGGCAGAGGAGUUAGGAACCAAAGCCCUCGCACUAGAGCGUGAAAUUCUGGGCGAGAGGCACCUCAGAACCAUCCAGUGUAUGACUAUCCUCGGCGCGAUAUACUACCAGCAGGGGAGGUACGAGAAGGCAGAGAAGCUCAAAGCUGAAGCCCUCGCACUAUACCGUGGUAUUUUGGGCGAGAGGCACCCCGAGACCAUCCGGGUCAUGGUACAUCUGGCUUUCACCCACUAUCGCCAGCAGCGCAGCUCUGAGGCCGUGGCUAUGAUGAGGGACUGUUCCGCCUUAUACCACGAGACAUUGGGGGUAGAUCACCCUCAAACACGAGUUUGUCGCGAGCAUUUGGAGAAGUGGGAGGAAGAGAGCGAGAAAUCGGGGCCUUUGGCGGCUCGGGCUCCGUAA